UGUACCACUUGUACUAAAAGUAUUAAUGGUGAAAUGAUUGAAGCAUUGGGUGGAGCCUUCCAUAAAGAUUGUUUUCAAUGUAAUGUUUGCAAAAAUCCACUCACUACCUUUUUUGUUUUAGAUGGCAAACCAGUUUGCAAGGAUCACUAUACAACAGGAUUUAAUUGUCAUAGAUGUCAAAAAUCAAUUUCAGGUGCAAAAUUAACAGAUCAAGGUGGUAGUAAUUAUCAUCCAGAAUGUUUUAAAUGUAGUUAUGAAACAUGUGGUGAACCUCUUAAUGGUGCAUAUUAUAUUAGAAAUGAAAAUCCAUAUUGCGCAAAAUGUAAUGAUAUUUUAAAGGAGCUCGCUAAAAAAGAAAAUAUUAGAGAGCUUGGUAAUUGUUAUCAAUGUAAAAAAACUAUUUUUUCAAAUACACCAAUGGUUGUUGUUGGACCAGAGCAAAGAUUCCAUAAGUCAUGUUUAAGAUGCACUAAAUGUAGACAAGGUUAG